AAAAAUCAAGAAAUCUGAAAAUUCCUUUUUCUCUCACUCCUUAAAUAAAAACCCUAAAAUACUCUCGAAUCCAAAUAAAAAAAAAUCAAUUCCUUCAAAAUCAAUUUUUUUUUUAAAAAAUCUCUCUCUCUAAAAAAAAGAAAAAAGAAAAAAAAAUGGAACUCAACGACCCACGCCAGCAGCAGCAACACCACUUCACCUCUUACUUCUCCUCCACUCCCACCACCACCAACACCCCAUCACCCCCCAAUGGCCUCCUGCCACCUCAUCACCCCACAGACUCAACCACCCCUACCGGGUCCCACUUGCUCUACCCUCAUUCAAUGGGACCCUCAACCACGGCUACAGUGACAGGAGGAGGAGCACCAGUGGAGGCAACAUCAGCAAAGAGAAAGAGAGGGAGGCCCAGAAAGUAUGGGACUCCUGAGCUGGCUUUGGCUGCCAAGAAAACGGCUACAUCUGCUUCUGUUGCUGCGUCCAGAGAAAGGAAGGAACAACACCAAGCUGGUUCUUCUUCCACUACCUCCUCUUUUUCAGGCUCUUCUUCCAAGAAAUCUCAACAUGUUCUUGGCACUGCUGGGCAUGGUUUUACACCACAUGUUAUUACUGUAGCUGCGGGUGAGGAUGUUGGCCAGAAAAUCAUUCAAUUCCUGCAACAAAGCACACGUGAAAUGUGUAUUCUAUCUGCAUCUGGUUCAGUCAUGAAUGUAUCUCUUCGCCAACCAGCAACUUCAGGAGGCAACAUUUCAUAUGAGGGCCGAUUUGAGAUCAUUUCUCUGUCUGGAUCUUAUAUACGUACUGACAUGGGAGGAAGAGCAGGUGGCCUCAGUGUAUGCCUUUCUGAUUCAAAUGGCCAGAUCAUUGGAGGAGGAGUUGGUGGACCUCUAAAGGCUGCUGGCCCUGUGCAGGUCAUUGUCGGUACUUUUGUGCUUGACAACAAGAAGGAUGGUAGUGGAAAAGGUGAUGCAUCUGGCAGCAAGCUUCCAUCACCAGUUAAGGCAUCAGUACCAAGUUUUGGCUUCCGCUUACCAGUUGAAUCUCCUGUGAGGAAUCCAGCGAGGGGAAAUGAUGACCUUCUUACCGUAGGUGGAGGCAAUCCAUUUACAAUGCAACCUUCCACUAUGCAUUUAUUAUCUGCAAGAACCAUGGAUUGGAGGAGCAGUCCAGAUGUCAGAACAACUGCAGGUUAUGAUUUUACAGGAAGGACAGGUCAUGGAGGAUCCCAAUCUCCGGUAAACGGUGACUAUGAUUGACUUCCAGAUUACAGAUUGGUUGACUUUUGAAGCACUGUUUUGUCGUCUAUCUUCAAUCCCAGGUACAUCGACCAGAGAAAAUGCAUGCACAACCUUUUGCAACCUUCGUGGAGUGCCGGAUGGUAUUCUGUACAGUUUAGCCACACUCUCUAUACUCCUUGCUAGCUCGUGGUCCAAAAUUAGAAGUGUUAGCCUUAGUUUUAUGCUCAUGCACUCAGUUGCAACUCUUUUUUUUUUUUUUUUCUUUUUUUGUUCGCAUACUGGAGUUACUGGCUGAUUCCUGUUAACAUUGAAUUAAGAUUCAACUGAGAACCUGGCAUCAAAUGACAAAAGUUCCGCCAAUUGAGAUAAUUAUACUCGUUCUGGAUU